CUUUGGGAAAAUAUUGUUCAUCUAUUUACAUUAGUUCGCAUUGGCCGUGAUCCAGAUUGCGUGUCCCCGUAUUGCGCGGGAAUUUGUGAUAUUUUUAGAUUUUACACGUACGAUGUUUUGAGUCGCGUCGCGUUUAAGUAACUUUUUUUUAGUAAACCGUAAACAAUAUACAAUUCGUAGAAAUAAUGUUACCCUAGGGAGUGAAAAUUUUCGACCCUAAAAUUGUGAAAAAAAAAGUGAAUCAAGAAUGAGUGACCUUCAAGAAACCAUACUGCCGGAUGCAGCAGCAGUAGCUACAACACCGGGAUCAACUCCUACGGCUAUAGAAGAUUCCAGCACCACAGCAACAUUGGCAAUUUCUUCUACAAAACCUUCAGAGCAUGCAACUCCUAGACCGUCGUCUCUGCCAAAACCAUCCGGCCUGAAACCUCCAACCAAGAUUGGCAGACUAUGUUCUAACUCUGCACCUAAGCCGGCCGUCCCCAUCUCUCCAAGAACUGACGGCAGCACAUCGGACUCGGUGAGAAAAUUGAGCGACGAACUGUCGAGAAAACAUUUGUCAGACCUCAUCGAGGCGGAGGAGGACGAGGUGUCGAGCAGUCUGCCGGACAAACCGCGACCGUACCGCAAGGCUUCUACCAGCAGCACAUACAGCGUGACGUCCAUGGACGCGCUUUGGGAGAAACACGCCCGCCGCCUUAGCGAGGCUGGUCUGAGGAGGUCAUCAGACCACAGUGUGGUCCUGACCGAGGAUACCGAUAGUUUCAUCAUUGGUGAGCGUGUGUGGGUUGGCGGCACCAAGCCCGGUCAGAUCGCAUACAUCGGGGAAACACAAUUCGCUCCUGGUGAUUGGGCCGGAAUCGUACUCGAUGAACCCAUCGGUAAAAAUGAUGGUUCCGUAGCAGGUACACGAUAUUUCCAAUGUGCAGAGAAGCGCGGUGUGUUCUCGCGCCUUACAAGACUGACACGUAUCCCCUUGGUAACCCACGCCCCACACGAUGCGUCGCCUGCAUCCGAUGCUGGCAGUGUGUUUGAACGUCCACCUUCUGGUGCUUCAAGACAACGCCGUACAUUGUCGCCCAAUGGUAGCGUACGCAGUGUCGUUAGUAGUAAGAUGAAUGCUUCGGUCUCUACCACGAACACAGGGGAACUCCGUUUAGGAGAUCGGGUGAUAGUAUCAAGCAGUCGUGGCAGUAAAGCAGGUACACUUCGGUAUGUUGGCAUCACAGACUUCGCACCUGGCAUAUGGGCGGGUGUGGAGCUGGAUGACCCUCUGGGAAAGAAUGAUGGAUCCGUCGACAGCAAGAGGUAUUUCGAGUGCGCUCCCAGGUUCGGUUUGUUCGCCCCAAUCGCAAAGGUAUCACGGUCGCCGUCGAACCGCAAGCCGGGCGCAUGCGCCAUUCACAGCAACGGGCGCGCGACGCCGAUGCGCCGAUCGAACUCGCGCGAAUCACUGACGUCGCUGGGCACGUCCAUCGCGUCGUCACGCGCGGGGGUGAGGCUGGGGGUGACGUCGCUGGGCGCGCAGCGCAUGGGUGGUCCGCGAGCCUCGUCCACGCCCGUCUCGGCGAAGAACGCGUUACAGGAGUUGCUACGAGAGAAGCAGCACCACCUGGAACGACUGAUGCGCGAGCGCGAAUUGGAACGCACAGAGGUCGCCAAAGCGUCACUACAAGCUGAUCGUGCUGAGAGCGCGCUUGCGCAACUAAAGAAGGAAGCCUCACAGGCGAACAUUGAAAACGAAAAGCUGAAGGCGGAACUAGACAAGCUAAACAAGCAGCUGGAAGAUGAACGACAGAAGGUCGAGGACCUCAUGUUCCGUAGCGAGGAGGAGAACAUCAACAAGGAGGAUUAUAAUAAAUACAAAGAAGCUAUGGAGCAAGAGAAAACAACACGCGAGCAACGUAUCCGCGAGCUGGAAGCAGAGGCGGUGCUGCAGUCAGCGCGGGCCGAGGCCACGGCGGCGCAACUGCGAGCUCUGGAAGACCAGCGUGCCGCUGAGACUGCUGCGUUAGCCGAACAGCAUAAAGAGGAACUAACAGCAGCUCACACCCUUUCAUCAGAACUACAGAAACUCUUAGACGAAGCGUACGCUCUCCUCAAAGAAAAAGAAUGUGAGAAAGAUUCAUUGGGCAAAAGCAUGUCUGACGAAUUGUCAAAGGUCAAGAUGGAAUCUGAUAAGGCGCUGAAUGAAGCAAAGACUAAAAUAGCAAUCGCACAAACUGAGUUUGAAACUCAAAUUUCUGUUAUAACCGCUAAGUUGCAACUAGCUGAAUCUAAGCUGGAAACAGAGAAACAAAACCUUGAGCGAUUGAAUAAAGAGAACAGCCAAACUAUUAGUGACUUGAAUGGCAAGUUAGCGCAAAUGCAAGCUGCGGUCGACGACAAGACGCUCGAGUUGAAUAAGGUGUUGGGCUCGAGUAAAGAACAUGAACUUAAUUUAAACAAAGAAAUCACAAAACUUAAAAUGGAAUUGAGCGCCAAAGUUCUAGAUUUAGAACAACUAGAAGAUACAAAGAUAAAACAAGAAACAGCUUUCAGAAAUUUACUAGAAGAAGUAGCUAAAGUUAAAGAGGAAUCUUCAAGUAAAAUCAAUGAAUAUGAAAGCUUAUUAAAUGAAAUGUCACAGCAAAACGAAAAGAGUAAAACGGAAAUUAUGGAAUUGCAACAGAAUCUUCUAGCAAAGACUAAAGAAUACGAAAAGCUGUUGACAGACUCCAGCUCAUCAUCGAGUUCCACAGAAAAACUCGUCACUGAAUACAAACAAACGAUACACGAAAGGGAUAAGGAAAUAAUAAAAUUAAAAGAUGAAUUCGAACAAGUGACGGCCAAUUUCAAUAUUAAACACAGUAAAAUUGCAGAAGAACAUAAAAAGGAAAUAGAAGACCGUAAUACAAAAAUUGAGCAACUUAUGAAAGAAAUAGAGACUCACAAGCAGGCACUAGACCAGAGUAAAAUAGAAUUUGAUACACUCAAUUCUCAACUGCUUGUAAAUGUAGAUGAACUUAAAGCACUAAAUGAAGAAAAUGGACGACUGAAACAGGCAAUAAACGAAUUAACACAAACAAUUAAUGAUCUUAAAUCUAAAAUAGCUUCGAUGGAACUAGAUUUCGGUGAACUGAAACGGCACUUGAACAGCACUACAGAAAAAUGUGAUGAGUUACAAAAGGCUAAAGAAAAAAUUGAGUCAGAAUACAUGCACAUCACGGGUCAAGCCACUGAUUCAAACGAACAGUUUAAUCAACUAUCACAACAUUUAAAAGACACUGAAAAGGAACUUCAAAAAUUAAAAGAUAAGCACAGAGAAGCUGUCAAUAAUCACGGACGAAUUGAACAAGAAUUGAAACAAAAGCUUUUUAAAUUACAAGAAGACUUUGCCGAAGAACGUGGUCAGUUAGUGCAGUCUGUUGAUCAAAAUAUUGAAAAAUUAACUGUAGCUGAUAGCAGAAUUAAAGAAUUAGAAACACACUCUGCCGAAUUACAGAAAAAAUGGAAAGAAUUAGGGAACAAUAACGACAAAUUACUAGACGAAAACUCAACUUUGAAGAAGGAAAUUGAAACACUAAAAUUAAAAGAGCAAGAAUUAAACACAGAGUAUGAGUCUAAACGGAAGAAGCUCGAAGUAAAUAUUCAAAGAUAUAAAGAGGAGAUUGGCAUUUUGAAAGCGGAAGGAGCUACAUCAGAAGUAAAGUUGAUGGAAAAAGUAGAUCAACUGACUGAGGCGCAAAAUGACUUAAAUAAUAAAUUAGAGGAGGCUAGAAAACACGAAGACUCCUUGCAAAAGGUAUUGGAUGAUACUACAUCACAAAUGAAUAACCGAAAAAGUCAGUACGAAAAUGAUAUUUCUGAGUUACAAAGCCAGUUAAUUGCAACCCGCGAAGAAUCGAAUUAUCACAAAACGGAAGAGUUCAAACUAAAAGAAAUGUUGCAAGAAAAGCACAAUAAUAUAAAAGAUUUGACAUUGAAACUAGAAAUGUUAGAAGUGGACUUGAAAUCUAAUCUAGAAAUAGUUAAAGAAAAAGACCGACAACUGUCACAGGUUAAUAAAGAACUGAAUAAAACUGUAGAAAGUAAACAGGAGUUGGAAGAAAAAUUAAACAAGGCUACUUUAGAAACCACAACACUUAAACAGCAGUACGAAAGUCUCAUAGCCAAUUCUUUCGCAGAAGAAUCUGUUCUUAAAGAACAACUGCGUCAGCUAGAAAGUCUGAAAGUAGAUUUGACGGUUUUGACCCAAGAUAAAAGCACAUUGGAUACAAAACUUGCUGAAGUGACCUCCGAACUACAAAUGUGGGCAGAAAAAUAUAAAUCUGCCGAUGAAAAAGUAAAAGAAACCAUAACUACCAAUCAAAGUCUACAGAAGGCUUUAACAGAAAAGGAUAAUUUAUUGCAAAGUCUAAAUGAAAAGACUCAGGUUGAAUCCAAUAAAACAAAACAUCUCGAACGAGAAAUUGCUCAACUGAAACAAGAAAUUUCGAACAAAGACAGCGCAAUAAAAGAGAAGGAAUCUCAGUUAAUGACUUUAAGUAAUUCUUUACAGUCGGGGUCCCAAGAAGCCCAACAACUAAUAGCAAAAUUCCAAACUGAAAACACGCAAUUACAUGAAAAAUUAAAAAAUGAAGUCGAAUCCCUGAACAAUACUAUAAAAACCUUGCGAACCCGUGUCGCAGAGCAAGAGAAACAACUUACCGAGUUACAACAAUCUAAAGAUAAGGUUGUCGAAUUACAAGAACUGUUGGCUAAAUCUGAGCGUGAUAUUAAGCAACUGACUGAUAUCAAUGAUGGUCAGAAAUCUAAUUACGAAGAUUUAAAUAAACAACUGCAGACACAAUUCGAUGAGUAUAAGAGGGAUAGUAAACGCAGUAAACACGACCUCAAAGCUAAAUUAGAAGAAUACCAGAAAGAACUCAAGGAAUCGAAAGAAAAAGUCAAAGGAGAAAUUGAAAAACAGGGUCAACUACAACAAAAGCUUACAGAAGCUGAAAAUAAUUUAGUAGAACUGGCGCAGAAAUUAGAAUUGAUAACUGUCCAACAAAGUGCCAACCUAGAGAAUAACAAUGUGUUAGAAAAAUUAACUAUGGAGCUGCAAGCUACAAGGAAAUCUAGUGCUGAAGCGAUAGCGAAUAGUGAAGCUAUGAUUAACAAUUUGAAGGUUGAUAUCCAACAUAAAAUCAAAGAUUUGGAACUAAAAGACGAUUUGAUAUGUAAACUACAGGAAGAAGUCAAGAAACAGAAAGCCAAGGUGGAGUUGGCAGACAGGGAAAAGGUGAUGUUGCAAAAGGAAUUUGCUGAAAAGAACAAAAAUUUGAAAGACAAAAACGAUAACAAUUCUAUGGGUGUUUUAGGACAAGGCGAUACUGCACCAGAAAUGGUGGACAACAAGGAACUGGAUGGCCAAGUAAAUUUCCUUAAUUCGGUAAUAGUGGAUAUGCAACGAAAGAAUGAACAGCUGAUGGCGCGAGUACAAGCUCUCGAAAGUGGCUCAGUCACCAGUGAUUCACCUGUGUUUAAUGGGCGUAAAGUGCGCGCAGUAGCGCCACGCCUCUUCUGUGACAUCUGCGAUAUAUUUGACGCGCAUGACACGGAGGACUGCCCGCGACAAGCUGCUGACGCCGACGCACCAGCGCCGCCCGCCAACCCUAACCGCAAGCCGCCGCCGCCGCCGCGUCCCUAUUGCGAUAUUUGUGAAGUGUUCGGUCAUGCGACGGAAGACUGUGAUGAAGAGGAAACAUUUUAAUGCCUAUUUAUUGAACAUUUAGUUUAAAUGUUACCAUUGUUGUUAUUAAUUAUUAUUUUAGUGGACUAUUAUUUAUUACGUACCAUGCCAGUGGUAUAGGUUGUUUCCUAAGAAUAAGCAGAUGUUUGUACAUAAGAUUUUUGAUCUUUUAUGUUUAAGCAAUUUUUUGCAUGAUAUUUUAACAAUAAUCAGAGGUGGACGGUUGUAAUUGUUUUCAUAUGCAUUAUCUGGUUAUAAUGCAUCAUGAGAAUUUAUUAUAGUAGCACAAUAUAAACAAUUUCCAUCACACUACAAUCAUGAUUAUAUUA